CCAAAAACUGACCCGAGUACGAGUGGCUAAAGACCCAGCCCGACUCGAUGAUAUAGGGCCUUGCUUUGAUUUGAAAUUUUCAUAAUCCGAUCCGAGUCUUGCCGGUCCCACACCUGGGAUCCUAACCAGUUCCUAACCCGCCGGCGGGUAUCAAAUUGCGGCUCAUGGACACCCAUUUUCUUGAUGAGGAUGCAGCGAAGAAACUCGUUUAACAUGCUUUUGUCUCUAACCUGUAUAAGCUGGAUAAAAUAAAGCCCGUGGUUGAGGAGGAUACUAGAAUCUAGACGUAAAACACCAAAAGCCUACCUUUUUCUUAAUGAAUUCAGAUUACAAGCUUACACUUGCAGCAGAGCUAGAAAAAGUACGCUUGAGAACUGCCCAGUUCUUUGUAACUCCAAGGCCAUGGCUGGAUCUUUAUGGGGUUAAUGUUAGACCCGUCACCCCUUUUGGCAAUGCAUUUCACAAUUCUUUCAUUGAUAAUGCUCUUAUACACCGUUGCUUGCCUGAUGAGCUCCUUUUUGAGAUCUUUUCAAGAAUGAACCCUUAUACCUUGGGUAAGGCUGCUUGUGUUUGUCGGAAGUGGUGGUACACAAUUCGUAAUCCCACCUUUUGGCGCAUUGCUUGCUUGAAGGCAUGGCAGAUCACUGGAGUGGCCGAAAACUAUUCAAUUCUCCAGCUAAAGUACUACGGCUCAUGGAGGAAAAUGUGGCUUUUGAGACCACGGCUUCGUACAGAUGGCCUCUAUGUGAGUCGGAAUACAUACAUUCGUGCUGGAGUUGCUGAGUGGAAGAUUACAAAUCCGGUUCACAUUGUAUGCUACUACCGGUAUUUGAGAUUUUAUCAUUCCGGUAGAUUUCUUUAUAAGAAUUCGUCGCAAAAGGUGAAGGAUGUAGCAAAGCAAAUGAACUUCCGUGCUUCAAGGGCUGAUUUUAGUGUUUUUAGUGGGAACUACACUCUCUCAAAGGAUAAGGUUGAAGCUGCUCUUUUGUAUCCUGGAUUGCGUCCGACUGUACUGAGAAUUCAUUUGAGGUUAAGGGGAACCGUAGAGGGUGCCAAUAACCGGAUGGAUCUAAUGGCACUUUUAACUGGUGGUGUGACUGAGCAUGAGGUUAACCUCACCGGUGAAGAUAUUCUUGGAGUUGUUGAGGGAUGGCAAGAGGAUGAGACACAUGACCCCAGUGUACCAGCUCUUUCACACAAAAGGGGUCUUACACCUUUUGUCUUUGUCCCAUUUGAGGAGGUUGAGACUUCGGUCCUGAAUCUGCCUGUCGAUAGAAUGGAUUACUAUGUUCCUGGUUGAAAACCGGAAGGGUGGAGGCUCAUUGAUGUCGCUUUGUUCUUGGAAAAGAACUUGAAUGGUCUAGAAUUGAUUGAUUCAUAAUAACUUACCAACGUUUUCGUUUAUGUUUUGUCUUAUUGUUGUAGAAUGUAGGUACAGACAAACUCAAUAGGUUAUGAAUUUACCUGGUGUCCUGCGUGUAUAUUUUUGUAAUUUAUGAUGUAAUUCAACAGUGCACAAUGUAUAUUUCUGUAAUUUGUAA